AUGCCUCCGUCCCGCGCUGACAAGGGCAAGGGCCGCGCAGACGAUCAGACGCUCGAGCAGGCGAUACAACCCAAGGCGACCAAGGUCAAACCGCCCAACGCGACCAAGAACUCGCUCGAGACGAACCGCCUCCUCCCCUUCCAGCGCAAUAUCCUCAAGCAGCUCGUUCCACCCGAGAAUGCUCUGCCGAAUGCUGGAGAUGCGAUGCUGGUCAUGGCGCGCGGGCUGGGGCUGAGGACGAUCGUUACCACCUUUCUCAAGAUCUACGACAUGCCCGAGAAGCUCGUGCUCGUGGUCAAUGCGACACCGGAAGAGGAACGAGGCUUUGCUGAGGAGGUCGGCAUGCGGUUGAAGGUCGUCGGAUACGAGCUGGGCGACUCGCAGAGGGAGAAGAUGUACAAGGACGGCGGCCUCUUCUCGGUCACCUCGCGCAUCCUCAUCGUCGACAUGCUCAAGGGCACAAUCCCCGUCAGCCUCAUCACCGGUCUCGUCGUCUUGCAUGCGGAAGAGGUCAAGCCGACUUCGCAAGAAGCGUUCAUUGUCCGCAUCUACCGGCAGCAGAACAAGCUCGGCUUCCUCAAGGCUUUCUCGGACCGCCCAGAAUCGUUCUCGUUCGGCUUGUCCCCUCUCCAGACGACGCUCAUGCAGCUCAAGUUGCGAGAGGUCAUCAUCGUGCCUCGCUUCCACGAGGACGUCGAUACCGACCUGAAGAAGCGCAAGGCGGACGUCGUCGAGCUGUACCAGCCUCUAACGCACAACAUGCUCGACAUCCAGACGGCCAUUAUCGAGUGCAUGGAGAUGACUCUGUCGGAAAUCAAGCGGAGCAACACCUACCUCGAAGUCGACGACCUCACUUUCGAGAACGCCCUCUUCUCAUCCUUCGACAGGCUUGUACGUAUCCAGCUCGACCCUGUCUGGCACAAGGUGGGGCCAAAAACUCGCGGUCUCGUCAACGAUUUGACGACUUUGCGCAAGCUUCUCGUCUAUCUCCUCUCAUUCGAUUGCGUCCGCUUCAACCAGUACCUCGAGACCCUCCUCUCCUCGCACACGACCACGAUCGGCGCGCUCGACCGCCGCGACCGCCCCGCCUGGCUUGGCACAGCAGCAGCCGACACAAUCUUCAGCGUCGCUCGCAACCGCGUCUACCUGCAAAAGGCUGUCGCGAAGCCGGGCGAGGGGCGGAAAGAACGCGAGUUGACGGUUGACGGGAUGGAGAUUCCGGACGAUCUCAAUGCGGACGACUGGCUGGCAGACGGGCCGACCGAGGAAGAAGAGCAGCUGCUGCGUGACCUGGAGGAGACAGCGAGGCGGGAAAAGGAAGCGAAGGACCGAGCUGCGGGCGUGACGAACGGCGAGGACAAGGAGGACAAGGAUGCGAUGCCGCCACCGCAGGUGCCGAAGUCGCAGAAGCCGAAGAAGAAGGGGUGGCUACCGCCUGGCGUCGAGCCGGUCUUGGAGGAGCAGCCAAAGUGGAUGGUGCUGGCGGAAGUUCUCGACGAGAUCGAGACAAGCAUCCACUUCUCGCCGUACGACCCCUACGGCUACUCGAACGAUACGGUUCUCGUCAUGUGCAACUCGACCGAUACCUGCCUCACCCUCGGCAACUACCUCUCAUCGCUCAACCCGGAGACCUCGGAAGGACGCAGCUUCCUCGAGUCGAAGCUCAACAGCUACUUCUUCUGGAAGGCGCAUAUGGGCAAGAUGCAGAACUCGCUCAAGCGCACACCCGGCUUUAACAAGGGCGAGCGGCGGUCCUCGUCAUCGAACGUUGCGGCAGGCUCUUCCGGUUCGAGCACGACCGCGGGCGCAUUCGCAUCAAGCAACGGUGGCACUAACUUCGGCGGGAACAAGGACGGCGACGGCGAGAUGAGCGCGGCCCUGAAGCGCAAGGAUUUCAAGCGGGGUCAGGCGCCGCCGACCAAGCGACGAAGGGUGCGAGGUGGAGGAGCGGCGGGCUCCAAUGCGGGGGCGACGCAUACCAGCGGAGCGGCGCCGAUGUUUUCGGCUGCUACCGGCGCCAACCCCGAGGCGCUCGAAGAGGAGGUCAAGAAGAUUGCCGAGCUCGUCGACUCGUCUGGUACGCCCGGCGACGUCGAAUCCGACGAGGUCAUCGAGGAAACGUUCAACCCACUCGACUUUGAGGAGUACUUUGGCCUCAUCUCGAACGAGGACGUGGUCAUCAUCCGACCUUACCUCGACGACGAAGACGACCGAGUGUUUGAAGAGCUGCGACCUAAAUACGUCGUCAUGUUCGAUCCGAAUCCCUCGUUCGUGCGGCGAAUCGAGGCGUACCGAGCGGCGCACCAAGGCCUCGCCAUCCGUGUCUACUUCCUCGUCUACAAGGACUCGGUCGAGGAGCAGAAGUACCUAAGCGAGAUUCGCCGCGAGAAGGACGCCUUCGUCAGGCUCAUCGAGGAGAAGGGGUCAAUGGCGAUCCCGCAUGAGGCGGAGUACCGGCCAGGGGAGGACGAGGCCGAGCUUAUGCGCACCGUCAACACGCGUGCCGGCGGUCGACAGGUCGUCACCACGCCGCCGAAGGUCAUCGUGGACAUGCGCGAGUUCCGCUCGUCCCUUCCCGGUCUCUUGCACGCGGGCAAGUUCGAGGUCAUCCCCGUCACGCUCAGCAUCGGCGACUACAUCAUCACGCCCGAAAUGGCUGUCGAGCGCAAGAGUAUCCCCGACUUGAUCCAGAGUUUCAACUCUGGCAGGCUGUUCCAGCAAUGCGAGCUGAUGACAGCGCACUACAAGCAGCCGAUCCUGCUCAUCGAGUUCGACGAGAAGAAGUCGUUCAACCUUGAGACAUACGUCGACACGAAGACCUACGCUUCGUCGCCGAAUGACAUCGACCUCCGCUCGAAGAUCGUCCUCCUCACGAUCUCCUUCCCAAAGCUGCGCGUCAUCUGGUCCUCCUCGCCAUAUCAGACCGUCGAGAUCUUCCGCGACCUCAAGGAGAACCGCGAAGAGCCCGACCAGGCCAAGGCGCAGCUUGUCGGUCUCGAGGCUGACAGCGCCGAGACGAGCGGUGCGUCGGGCGAAGCAGGCUUCAACCUCGCGCCGCAAGACAUCCUGCGCAGCUUGCCCGGCGUCUCGAGCAAGAACUACCGGUAUCUCAGCAGUCAGGUCGAAAAUCUCGAGGCGCUCGUCCAGCUCGACCUCAACGAGCUCCAGGCGCUCAUCGGCGUCGAGCCUGCGCGCCAACUGCACGGCUUCCUUCAUAGCGACAUGUUUGGCUAG